UUAAUAUAAAUUUUGCCCCCAAAAAAGGAGUGGUUAUCGAACAAAACGAGCCCAUCGAACCCUCCAACGCUUUGGUUUCUUCAUCACCACCACCUUUUCAUCUCUCUCUCUCUAAAAGCCAUAAACAACAAACAAGAAAUAAUAAUCGAAAACGCAAAAAGGGCUUUUCCGAGUUAGAUCUAGGGUUUCCAUCGAUUCUAAAACUGGAUAUUGAUCGAGCAACAAAGGGUUAGGAGGUGGAGGAUUUCGAAAUGGAUUCGGUGCCUUCGAAUUCCCAUGGAAAUCUCGAUGAACAGAUUUCUCAGCUCAUGCAGUGCAAACCCUUGUCUGAACAAGAGGUUAGGGUUUUGUGUGAUAAGGCGAAGGAGAUUUUGAUGGAAGAGAGCAAUGUCCAGCCUGUAAAAAGUCCUGUUACAAUCUGUGGUGAUAUUCAUGGGCAGUUCCAUGAUCUUGCAGAGCUUUUCCGCAUUGGAGGGAAGUGUCCAGAUACAAAUUACUUGUUUAUGGGAGAUUAUGUUGAUCGUGGCUAUUAUUCUGUCGAAACCGUAACGCUUUUGGUCUCUCUUAAAGUGCGUUAUCGUCAGCGUAUUACUAUUUUGAGGGGAAAUCAUGAAAGUCGUCAGAUUACUCAAGUUUAUGGAUUUUAUGACGAGUGCCUACGGAAGUAUGGUAGUGCUAAUGUUUGGAAGAUGUUCACUGAUUUGUUUGACUACUUCCCGUUGACAGCAUUGGUUGAAUCUGAAAUAUUUUGUCUUCAUGGUGGGUUGUCCCCGUCUAUUGAAACCCUUGACAACAUUCGUAAUUUUGAUCGCGUGCAAGAAGUUCCCCAUGAGGGACCCAUGUGUGAUCUUUUAUGGUCUGAUCCGGAUGAUCGCUGUGGUUGGGGUAUCUCUCCUAGAGGUGCUGGAUACACUUUUGGCCAGGACAUAUCUGAGCAGUUUAACCAUACCAAUAAUUUGAAGCUGAUUGCUAGAGCUCACCAGCUGGUUAUGGAAGGAUAUAACUGGGGUCAUGAUCAAAAGGUGGUUACCAUAUUCAGUGCACCUAAUUACUGUUAUCGCUGUGGGAACAUGGCAUCCAUCCUUGAAGUUGAUGACUGCAAAGGACACACAUUCAUUCAGUUUGAGCCAGCUCCAAGGAGGGGAGAGCCAGAUGUAACUAGGAGAACCCCUGACUACUUCCUAUGAUACAAUUAUGGUAGAGUUGCUGUUGGCAGCAACUUGUGCCCUGCAGUAAUAUGCAAACUUCAUAUACCAGUUGAAAUGAGAGCUGUCAAUCAAACUGAUCCUUAUUUUCAAAGUUAGGCUUCACUGGACGUGUUUUUUUUACUUGAAUUAUAAUUGAACCUUUCCAAGAGAGAAGCUGAGGAACAGGAGAUGCUAUUGUGGUCAUGUGUACCGUUCCAGCAUGCAAUGUAUCAAUUUGAAUGUGUCUCAAAUUUUCCUUUUCUAUUUAUAUGCAACUCUGUUGACCUUUCUUUUUUUCAUUUUAGGGUUAUUGUUAAUGGGGAUGAGUUUCUGUAGAUGGACAAUGCUUUGACUAUCUUUUAAUGGGUGUUUUUAUGAUUUUUUUCAA